AUGUCUCGUUUCUUCCACACGGGCGACGACUCGGACACUUCCUCGGAGUCAUCGUCUUCUUCCAGCGACGACGACGUCGGCCCGUCCGGCGCCCGAACGACCGUGGGUGGCGUCACCCGCUCGCGCUUUCUGCAAUCCGAUUCCGACGACGAUGACGUCAAGCGUAUCUCGCGCUCCGCGAAGGAUCGUCGUUUUGACGCUCUCGUCGCAAUAUCGAACGACGUCAAGAACCAUAUAAAGAAUUCAGACUGGUCAAAACUACAAGAGGAUUUUGAUUCCCUUAAUGACGCCCUUAAGAAGAUCAUGAAAACGGAUAUGGUGUCCGGGCGCAAGCCCCCAGUCCCAGAGAUAUACGUGCGCGCAAUUAUCACCAUCGAGGACUUUGUGUCCUCCACACUGAAGGAAAAGCCCAAGCUCAGUAAGACCAAUGCCACCAGUCUUAAUCGCAUGAAGCUCAAGGUCCCUAAGAACAGCCGCCAGUAUAAGGCAGAGAUCGACUCCCUCAAAGCUACUGGAAAGCCGACGUUGUAUGACAUGAACAUGGACGAUUCGUCAGACUCGGAUAGUUCCGAUGAUGAAGGCUUCAAGAAAAAGGCACAUGAUUCGGAUGACUCGGACUUUUCUAGCACUGAUUCAUCAUCCGAUUCCGACGACGGUGGUGGAAGGGGAGCUUCAAUCUGGCUUAGGAAGGACAAGGUCACAGACUCUGCCGCCGAGACUAGCAAGUCAAGGAAGGUUAAAAAGGUCUCAGUAGCGAGAGAUGACCCCGGGCUUGCAGAUGAUGCUGACGAUGAUGAUGGUUUCACUGUUGUCACAAGAAAGCCCAUUGUCCGAGAGGUCUUCAAACCCGAAGAGAUGACUGAAGAGAGCGUUGACGCAAAGAUGCUAGAGAUUCUACAGGCACGUGGCCGUCGGGGGACGAAUAAGCUUGAGCAAAUCACCCUUAUCGAGUCUCUUGUUCCGUGUUCGAAGAGCCCGCGCCAGCGCAUUGAGAUCAUGCUUCAUCUCAUCUCUGCCAAGUUUGACGGUAUUCCUGCUGCGAAGCUGUUCAUGCCGGCUGAACUCUGGCGCUCUGCGAUAGGGAACGCCAAGGAUGUCAUUGCCCUCGCUCGUGACAAUUUCCCAGGUAUUCGGUUUUCUGACGAAGCUGAUCGCCAAGUUGAAGAUGCAAGCAUACUGCUGAAGGGGGCGGCCCUUGGUGGUGAAAUUAUUGAUCCGACUGGAGAAGCCGUCGAGGGUACAGGUGCAAAGGGCGUCGCGAACGAGCAGGUGAAGAAAACAGAAGUUGAUGCCGAAGGCCAAAUCAUAGUUCGCGGUGACAUCGUCACUACGUUUGAACGCUUUGACGAUGAACUAUACCGAGCUUGGCAGCAUACAGAUGCGUACACACCAGAAUAUGUCGAGCGACUCAAGGACGAAACAGCUCUACUCGACCUUGCAGCUGAUGUCCAGAUUUACCUCGAGACGGCAGCUGAUCGUGAAGAGGGAAGAGAUGCUAGUGAUGGAGUUAGACUUAAUGCAUUGCGGGCUCGAGCGGCUAGGGUGGCCGCCCGUCGCGUCACUCAUAUGUACUAUAAGCCCGACGAACUCAACAACAAGGUUGAAGAACUCUGUGGGCGUAAGAACUCUGACAAGUCCUUAACUGAACUGGCCGUGCUGGUGUAUCGAUAUGGCGAUGAAAGAGCUAAGUCAUUCACGAUGCUUGCCCACAUUUACAAUCAUGCGCUAGAGAACAGGUUUUUCGCCGCCCGCGACAUGCUCUUGAUGUCUCAUCUCCAGGAGACGAUUUUAGAUGCAGAUGUUCCUCUGCAAGUAAUGUUCAAUCGCACCAUGACCCAAAUGGGUCUGUGCGCAUUCCGCAUUGGGAAGCCCCGGGAAGCACAUGCGUGUCUGCAAGAGCUGUGCUCACCUAGUUUUGGCGGGGGUGGAGGAGGGCUUGCGCGUAUGAAGGAACUUCUUGCUCAAGGCAUUACGCAACAGAGAGGAUAUGAGAAAACUCCCGACCAAGAGAAGGCGGAGGCGCGUCGCCAGAUUCCUUACCAUAUGCACAUCAACCUCGAUUUCAUUGAAACAGCGCAUUUGACUUCCGCCAUGCUGCUUGAAGUACCCGCCAUGGCUCUGAGCAAAGCCCGUGGUGAUGUGCGCCGCUAUGCCAUAUCCAAGUCAUUCCAGUACUUCUUGCGGAACUCUAUGAAGCAGGCUUUCCCGGGUCCACCUGAAAACACACGUGACUUCGUUAUGGCAGCAACGAGGUGCCUCAUGCGGGGAGAUUGGAAUGGCGCGUACAACCAUGUUCGGGGUGUGCGCUCCUGGAAGGCUUUGUCUUCGACCACGAGAACAGAAACUUUGGAGCGCCUCAAGGAACUUCUGAAAGUCGAAGCACUGAGGACGUUUUCACUGAGCUAUUCCUCUUAUUUCGAGUCUAUGUCAACAUCUCAGCUUUCACAUCUCUUCGGUUUGCCAGAUGCGAAGGUGCAUUCUGUGCUUUCAAAGAUGAUAAUUAACCAAGAGAUGCGUGCUAGCUGGGACCAACCGACCGCCAGUAUUGUGAUGAGGAGGACAGAGCCAAGCCGGUUACAAUCGCUCGCUCUGCAGUUAGCGUCUAAGGUGGCGAACAUGACGGACAACAACGAAAAGUUAAUGGACGCUAAGACUGGUGGCGGAGACCGUGGAGAUAGAAAGGAUGAUGGUGACAGAAAGGGUGGUGACUGGAAGCAAAGCGGUCGCGGAAUGCGUGGACGCUCCCGUCGAACGGGCGGCGGCGGCGGAAACAGCGAUUUGAGAAACCGAGAUGGUAUGGACUCUAGAUCAGGCAACAGAUAA